AUGGGUCCUUGCCUUUUACUGUUUUAUAUUGGCCGUGAUGAGGCUAGGCUUCAGAAUAUCAUGAAGGCUGGGGAUGGGUUGAGCGUGGUGGCGAAGGCGACAGGGGAGCAAGUGAAGAACAUGGCCCAAGGAGCAGCUGAGGCAGUGAAGAACACUCUGGGGAUGAACACAGAGAACAGGCCACCUGAACCUGCCUCUCCAGGCCCAGGUGCGCAGUCUUGUGCCGACCUGUUCCUGCAUCCCGACGAACAGGCUUGCAUCCUGAGCCUGCUUCUUCAGGCCCGCGCGCAAGGUAAUUCUCUGAGGUCUAUUUUGGUGACCCUCUUCGUCUUUGCCAUGGUACUGUCUCCGAUUUUACCAUCAGCUGAAGCAGGCCGUUUGAAUCACCGAGUUCUUGCUGGACCGCCCCGACCAAUAUGUCCAGCUUGUGUAUGCUGCGCACCUCCACCUCCAGGGUUCUGCUGCGAGUGUUGUGCUACUCCUACUCCUCCAACUCAAUCUACAUCUGGCGAUGGCUGA